UGAAGUUGUCAAAUAGAUUCACGUUAUCAAUUUACCCCGCUUAUCUAAAACUGAACAGACACCGGAGCACCCCUCCGAUGCAUCCACACCCCUCCAUAGAUCAAUCGGUCAGCUCCUCCGACAUCGUCUACGCAAGCUACUCUCGAUCAAUCUGAUAGUCGGUGAUUAGAUAAAGCCCAAGUGCUUCAUUACCAGCGGAAACGACACCGCUUGUCAAAUCAGGCCUGGCCACUCUCCAACAUACAUCCGUGAAUCCUCCCUCGGCACCUACAGACCAGCCAUCAUAAUUCUAAUCCACGAUGCGUAUCCUGGCCGAGCCCGACAUUUCGCAGAUCCUGCGCGAGUUGACCCAGUCACAAUGCCACGACUUCCUCAAGGCUCUUUGCGACUCCCUCACAUCAGUCUUUAAUCAGUCGACCGUCCCCGAGGAGGAGCGCCUCAUCCACCAACCCCUCCGUAGCACCAUCCUCACCAAAGAGCAGAAUCUCUCGCUCUUCAUGCCGGUUUCCAACACUGCAAGCACAGGCAUCAAGAUCGUUACUGCCUCUCAGUCCCACGGCAUUAUUGGGGUUAUCAACAUCUUCUCCCCGGAAGGUAGUCUCCAAGGUCUCUUGAGCGCCGCCGAGAUCACUGCCUUUCGCACAGCCCUGACAAUCAUGUCCCUCCUCGUUCGCUGCCAGUCUCUCCGCAAGGAGAACGUGAUCAUAUUCGGCUCCGGCCGUCAGGCCGAAUGGCACGCCCGCUUGGUCCUCCUCUUGUUCCCAGGGCAGGUGCGCUCGAUCACCAUCCUCAAUCGCGGCCGCGCGCGACUCGUGGAGCUGGAGAAAGAGGUCCUUGGGGAAUUACGGGCUGCGCAUCCGCACGUUACAAUUACGACUAUCGCCAAGGACGAUGCAGACCCCAAUGUUUAUGAGGAGAAGCUGCGGGCGGCGCUGCAGACGUGCGAUGUCCUGUUCAGCUGCACACCGGCCACGCAGCCCAACUUCCCCGCUUCGUAUCUACAGCCGUUCCGGCAGAGGUUCAUCUCGCUGAUCGGAUCGUAUAAGCCGCAUAUGCGGGAAAUCGAUACGGAGACGUUGCUCUCGGGGGGAGGGAAAGUCUACGUGGAUUUGAAGGAGGCGUGUUUGGAGGAGUCUGGCGAGUUGAUUCUGGCGGAGAUGACGGAGGAUCAGUUGGUAGAGGUUGGCGAAUUGUACGGUGAGUUGGGGUCGGAGAGGCCGGUGGAUGUAGCUGAAGGGUGCAACGUAGUGUUCAAGUGUGUGGGUAUGGGGAUUAUGGAUUUGGUUAUUGGAAAUAAGCUUUUAGAUGUUGGACGAGAGAGAGGCAUUGGCAUGACAGUAGACGGUUUCUGAGGUGCUGGAUUGUUGAGGAUGGCAACGUGUGUGAAUUGAAAGCUGGACUGAGAGUCAAUGCAACAGUUGUUUAUUUAUAUAUUGGCGG